CCAGCUAGGGGAGCUCUGGUGGGCGGGUGAGCAAAAAAAGGCACGAUAGGGGCAUGUCAUAUUUAUAGCUAACAAUGAUUUCACCGGUGAUGAUGGCGUUGCGUUCUGUCAAAUCUCUGCUCCAAUACAAUUUGUACAAACCACCACCAUUUCCCCACCAACUUCCAAGACAAGCCUGUUGAGAAAAUUCAACCCGGAGUCAACAAUCUCUCUGAAGCCCAGGAUGAGCACAUAGCUCAAGGUCUUGAGAGCAUGGUUGCUCAUUCAGAAACGAACCACGACGUCAGCCAUGGCAUCCAUAUGCAUGGAAAGAAUGUCUUUGAGGUCCCUUGGAUCCAUAAGAUGAUUCCCGGUAUCGAAAAGCUCGCUUCAAAUUAUCAUAUCGGGAAUUUUGUCGUUGUGAGGGAGUCGGGGGAGAGAAUCUUCGAGAGUAUGCCGAUUUAUGCGAGGAUCGGAAUGCAUCUGUUGUUCUAUGGUUCCGCACGCGAGACCGUCCUUCACUAUAAAUCUGUCGCGCAUCUACUCCAGGCGCAGUCAAUCAAGCAAGGAUCCAUCUACAACAGCCCCGAUUCUGCCAAGUCUAUUGCAUCUUUCGUGCAGGUUUACUCGUUAGAUUUAGAUGAACUUUUAGAGCCAGAUAUCACAAAAUAUGGUUGUUUCAACGAAUUCUUUUUCCGAAAACUUAAACCUGACGCCCGACCGGUUGAGAAUGCCGCGAAUCCCAGCGGAAUAUGUAGUGCUGCCGAUUGCAGAUUGACUGUAUAUCCUACAGUUGAUCUCGCGCGUAAAUUCUGGAUCAAAGGCGACGAGUUCAGUAUUCCGAACCUCCUUCAAGUCCCUGUUGAUUCCUCUACUGCGAUUGAAUUCGACGGAGCUUCGAUGGCCAUCUUCCGUUUGGCGCCUGCUGACUAUCAUCGUUUCCAUUGUCCAAUUGAUGGCGUUGUGGGCGAUACCACGAAUGUUCCCGGGCAAUAUUAUACCGUUAAUCCUCAAGCCGUGAACGAGCCCAAAUUCGAUGUCUUCACCGCCAAUGUACGAUCAAUCCUUUAUCUCACACAUACUGCAACCGGUAAACGCGUUGCGUUUGUCGCAAUCGGUGCUCUGCUCGUCGGAAGUAUCGUUUGGACCAAAGGUGCAGAAAACGGCGCCGAGGUCAAGCGAGGGGAAGAGUUAGGUUACUUCGCGUACGGUGGAAGCACGGUCAUCGCUCUAUUCCCGAAGGGUGUUGUGGAAUUCGAUCAGGACCUGGUGAAAAACUCGGAGGAGCCUAUUGAAACUUUGGUCAAGGUCGGAUCGUCACUCGGCACCACACCAACUGCUUAAAGCUUGAGGGAUGAUCAUAUUAUUAAUGUUGUACAGUGCUCUUUGGAUUACGCAUGUUCAACUGAAUUGUCAGAGGAUAGUGUGAGUUGGGAUGAUU